AUGCAGAGCAGUUCCAGUCUUCUCCCGCUGCUCUCUGGGGCUGAGCCUGCCCUUUGUUUGGCGCUAAGUCCCCCUCUAUGGGGGCCCCCCUGCGAUGUUGCCCGUGAGGGGCACUUGGGGGCCCCCUCGGGGGGCCCCCCGGAGGCUGGGGGGGCCCCGGGGGGCCCCCAGGGCCCCUGCAAAGCCUGCGGGGAACCCGCCUGCAUCUGCGAAGUGCAGCAGCAGCUGCUGCAGGCCCUCGCUGCUGCAGCAGCAACAGGAAAGCUGCAUGCAGUGCUGCUGGAAAUGCCUUUCUACGAACAGUUUGGCCCGAAGGGCUUCAAGUUGCUGGAAAGAGUCGCCCAAACAGCCCAUCCGCUGCCCCUCAUCCUCGACGCCAAAAGGGGGGAUAUUGCAAACACAGCAAAGGCUUAUGCCCGGGCCCUUUUUGGCGUUUUGGGGGCUGCUGCUGCUACUGUCAGCUGCUACAUGGGAAGAGACUCAAUAAUUCCUUUUCUUUCUUUCAACAAAAGUGUUUUCGUUUUCGUCGAGUGUCUCCCUGCUGCUGCUGCUGCAGCAGCAGGACUAGCUGCUCUCAAGGGCUUUAAACCCCCUGCUGCUGCUGCUGCUGUUCCUGCUGCUGCUGCUGCUGCUGUUCCUGCUGCUGCUGCUGCUGCUGUGGAUGCGGCUGCUGUGGGUGCGGCUGCCAAGACCGGUCAAGGAGCAGCAGCAGCUGCUGCCAAAACGGAAGCAGCAGCAGCAGCAGCAGCAGCAGCAGCACCAGCAGUAGCAGCAGCAGCAGCAGCAGCAGAUCCCGCAGCAGCAGCAGCAGCAGCAGCAGCAGCAGCGCCUGUGGCUAUGUAUGAACAUGUUGCUGAGCUUUGCAGCGAACUGUCGGCAGCGGAAGGUAAGAAGACAAAAAUAGAUUAA